CAGCCAGCUCAGCCAGGCAAAGCCGAGAGGGAGUGGGACAGAUUCUGGGAGUGCUGUGGGGAGGAGUCCUGGCUCCGCUGAGCAGGAGCUUGCCUGGCUGUCAGUGCCAGAGCCCAGGCCUCAGAGCCCUGCUGGAGGAGGUGGACAACGUGGAGGCAGACCCAGCCGAGACAGUGAGAUGGCUGACUGCUAUACAGAGCUGGAGAAGGCAGUUGUCGUCCUGGUGGAAAACUUCUACAAAUAUGUAUCCAAGCACAGCCUGGUCAAGAACAAGAUCAGCAAGAGCGGCUUCCGCAAGAUGCUCCAGAAAGAGCUGAACCACAUGCUGACGGACACAGGGAACCGAAAGGCAGCUGACAAACUCAUCCAGAACCUGGAUGCCAACCAUGACGGGCGCAUCAGCUUUGAUGAAUACUGGACCAUGAUAGGCGGUAUCACCAGCCCCAUGGCCAACCUCAUCCGCCAGCAAGAGUGCCAGCAGGAGCAGCAGGGCAGCAGCUAGGGGCCCCUCUGGGCCCCUUUUCAUGUCCUGACCCACGUCCCGCCAGUGUUCUUCCCAUGCUUUUCCGUCGACUUUUUCCUCUCUUCUCCCUCCAGACCCUUUCCUACCCUUGCCGAACAGCACAAGGGGGUGGGGGGCUAUCACGGCCUCUUUGUGAGUGUCUCACUGUGGUUAUGCUUCCCUGAGCAUUCAGUCCCUGGAGCCUGCAGGCCCUGAGGGGGGGUCCCCUUUGUGAAAUACCAAUGCUGUCUGGGGGCCCCCAAGAGUUUCCUCACCUGUUGAGUCUGUAUACUCUCGCAGUGUCUGAUGUUCCCCGUCUGAUCCUUGCCUGAUUCUGUCCUGACCUCCGGAGGUCAGCUUGCUGCUUGAGGUCUCCCAGCUCCUGGCUGUGGCAGCUGUGGAAGUGGCAGCACCAGUAUUAUCUUCUCCUUCUCCUCCCAACCUCUUAGCUGGGUGGAGAGGCGUUCCCAGGGGCUCCCGUCCAGCUGUCUCUGUCUGGGAAUGACCUAACCUGGGUUGAGCCUCCUCUCUGCUCUGCCACUGAAAUAAAGGCUGGAUUUGGAGUUUGUAACUCCUA